AUGGCAGCAUUUCACCUCCUUCCAUCACUUCUUCCCCAUCAUUACCUUCACCACUCUCACUCUCUAUACCUUAACUCACUUAGCCACUUCAAAAUUUCAUCCAUUUGGUUCAGUCCAGCACCCAAACCUCGACGUUUCCACCAAAGAAACCAACCCAAAGCCUCCAUUAAUGGCGACAACACCACCACUCCAGAAGCCCCAAAAGCCACUCGCCGAGGCCGCAAAAAAUCCCCAACCACACCCUCUCCUCCUCCUCCUCAACAACAACAACAACAACAACAACAAAACCAAGACGCACGACCGAGAGAGACCGCAACAAAAGAGAUAACAGCAACAAGCGCAAUUGAGGAAGAACCCGAGGACCAUGACGAUGGUAUUGAUUUUCCAUAUGAAGACCCCCCUUUGAUAUGCUGUUUCGGGGCAGCUCAAAAAGAGUUUGUGCCAACAGUUAGAGUGGCACCAGAGCAAAUGCACCCAGAUAUAUAUUCACAAUGGAAAAUGCUCCAGUGGAACCCGCCGGAGUUCGUGAGAGCACCAGGUGGACCACCCUCGAAUGUGGCCAUUUCCCAUGUCAGGCUUGGUGGGAGGGCCGCGUUUAUGGGGAAGGUUGGGGAUGAUGAGUUUGGUGAAGAGUUGGUUUUGUUGUUGAAUAAGGAGAAAGUACAAACGAGGGCUGUGAAAUUUGAUGGUAAUGCAAGGACUGCGAAAGCUUACAUGAAGAUUAAGUUUGACGAUGGGAAGAUAAGGGUGGAGAAGACUAAAGAGACGGCAGAGGAUUCGUUGCUUGACCCUGAAUUGAACCUUGCUGUGCUCAAAGAGGCUAGAAUGUUCCAUUUUAAUUCAGAAGUCCUUACAUCUCCCGCUAUGCAUUCUGCCCUUUUCAAAGCAAUUUCAUGGUCUAAAAAGUUUGACGAAAGAAGUGAUCAAGCAAGCAUGGGGCAAGCAGACAUCAUUGAGGUCACAAAGCAGGAGCUAGAAUUUCUUUUAGAUGAAGAAUAUUAUGAAAAGAGAAGAAAUUAUAGGCCUCAAUACUAUGCUGAAGAUUAUGAGCAAACCAAGAGGCGGCGAGAUUAUUAUCAUUAUACGCGUGAGGAAAUAUCUCCUCUGUGGCAUGAUGGUUUAAAAUUUUUGUUUAUUACGGAUGGAACACUCCGGAUUCAUUAUUAUGCCCCUUCAUUUGAUGGAGUGGUGGUUGGAACAGAGGAUGUGCUUAUAACCCCAUUUACUUGUGACAGAACAGGUUCUGGUGAUGCUAUAGUAGCUGGAAUCAUGAGAAAGCUAACAACUGAACCUAAGAUGUAUGAGAACCAAGAUAUUUUGGAGAGGCAGCUUCGCUUUGCAAUUGCAGCAGGAAUAAUAUCACAGUGGACAAUAGGUGCAGUAAGAGGUUUUCCUACAGAAAGUGCUACACAAAAUCUGAAGGAACAGGUUUAUGUGCCAUCAAUGUGGUAG